AUGAAGGAAUCGGAGGCAUGCAACUGGUCACAAGGGUUCGAAGAUGAUCUUCUGAGAGAGCUUCUUUAUGACGAAUCCCCAUAUGUUUUGUUGCCUCAAGAAAUCGCUGGUGAUCCAGAUAAUUACUCGGUAAACAAUUUGAUAUCAAGCAUAUACUCUGGGCCCACAAUAACGGAUAUUGGAAAAGCAUUAGUGGCUUCAAGUUACACAAAUAAUACUCCCGAGCUGUCGGCAUUAACCAGAAUUUCAGAUAUGGAGAGAGGAGUGUCCAGGGUUGAGAACAAGUAUGUACUGAAAGUAAAAUGUAGUGGAAAUGUAAUGGCCGAUGAUGGUUAUAAAUGGAGAAAGUAUGGUCAGAAGUCUAUUAAGAACAGCUCUAACCCCAGGAGCUAUUAUAAAUGCACCAACCCACGUUGCGGUGCAAAAAAGCAAGUUGAGCGAUCGAAUGAUGACCCUGAUACAUUAAUCAUCACUUAUGAAGGACUUCACCUUCACUACAUGUACCCAUUUUUCGUGUUUGGACAAUCAGAGAAUCCUGACCCACCUACUAAGAAGUUUAGAACGCUCAAUUUUGAGCAAGAUGCACAUCAAAACUAUCAACAACCAACCAAAGACAUGGAUGAAAACACAAGACAUUUUUGUCUUGAUCACCAACCACCAACCAUGAUAAAAGAUUUUCAAGAAGAAUCAAUUGAUCAAGAAGUAGCAAUAUGUUCGCAAGGAUUGCUUGAGGACAUGGUGCCAUUAGUCAUCCGGAAUCCUAUGAUUUACACAACAAAUUCAUCGACAUCUUGUUCUUCCUCUUCCUCUCAUCCUUCUCCACCGGCUUCCCCUUGGUUUUCAUGGUCUCCUAAAUACUGAUGCUACAACAUAGUGUGUAAUAGAUAAUAUAUGACAUGUAUGCAAUA